AUGACAGCCGCUGCGAAUGAAGGGGAGGGGAGGAUUUUCUUUGGUGGAUUUUGGGCGGAACGGUGCAGAUUUUCCGGCAGCGGUUCCUCGGAGGGCCGCUACCCGCUCAACAGCACCCGAAUCGUCGUGGACAGGGCGCUAGCGGCCCGCGAUGUGGUUAAAGUAGGCAGCAUUGUGCAACGUCGAACUGGCGAGGAACGAGGCAGCGUAAUACAAGAAGACAAGCGCAAGGUAAUGCUCGGCAAGUAUGGCGAUGCGAGCUCCAGCUCGAUGAUGAACCUUGAAAGCGGACUUCGCAACCGGGUACUGUACCACCAGAACAUGAUGGGUAUGAAUCUGAUGGCCGAAUUCUACCACCACAACCCAACACUAGUGAACGCAGCCACAGUCAGCAGUUCCGUUACCGGCAGCAGCAAUAGCGCCAUCGCGCAGUCACAGAAGAUGCUCAACAGCUUGAGCGGAAACCAUCAGCAAUCGACGCAGCAUAGCAACGGCACGCAGCUCGCCAUUUCCACGGUUGCGACAGCGGCAACCGCCACGAGUACAUCGUCGUCGUCGUCCUCCUCAUCGUCACAGCAACCAUUGGCACAGUUUCAGUGUCAACUUUGCCAGAAAACUUACCUCACCAGCGCGAUGCUUGCGGUGCACAUGAAAACGCACGAUACUGUGGCCACCGGUGCCAGCAGCUAUCUGCAACCGUCUGGUUCUGAACACGUACCCGCUCCGACAGCAGCACAUGGAGCGAACAGUAAAACUAGUCCCCCGCUGCUGUUGGCUCAGCACAGCAUCAAGAGUGAGUACGCUGGUACCGUGCGCAGUAUCGGUCAGUUCUCCUCACCGUACGGUAUUAUCAAGCAGUUUGACUGCCACAUCUGCCAUAAAUCGUUCAUGACGCUGAUGAACCUGAACCUCCACAUGAAGAUCCACGAAAACGACCAGAAGGUGGUCGGCACCUCCGCACACGUGUAUUCGUCGCACGCAGGAGGCACGGGCACGACCUAUCACCAUCAGCAGAACCAUCAACAGCAGCUCCAUCCGACGCUGCUGCAGGCGGCAUCGUCGUCUGGGGCUGUUCCCUCGGCUACUGCGUCAACAGGGCGUAGCGCCGAUGGUGUUUGCCAGAUUUGUCAUAAAACAUUCAACAGCACAGAACAGUUUACGGCCCACAUGAAGAUCCAUGAGGAAGAAUUUAAAAAUCGUGCCCUCUAUCACUCGUCCACUGCUACCGGGGGCAGCACAACAGUGGCCACAAGUGCUGCGGCGCAAACGAUAAACCCGUUCUAUCCUACUCUGCCGCAAACACUCGCGCCAGCGACAUCAGCCACACAGCCGCAGCAGCAGCUUCCAGCGGUACAUUUGUACGAAAGCUCCAAGGGGCACCGUUGUCCAAUCUGCCACAAAAUGUCCAGCAACAUUAUUGAGCAUAUUAAGCAGCACGAAGGGCAGCUAAUAAUGGGAGGAGGUGGAUCGUCGGCAACGGCCCCCGGUGCUGGUAGUCCAUCGGUAGAUCGGUCUUGCGCAACACCCGGUUACCAACUGAACGAAGAAACAUCGCAAGCAUCCUCACUGGUGGAGGGCAGUGAUAAUGAGGCCGGCGAUGAUGAUCAGCGCAAGCAGCACGAGUGCUUGAUCUGUCACAAAAAGUUCUCCAGCUCGAGCAAUCUGGCCAUCCACAUCCGGGUGCAUUCGGGGGAGAAACCGUUCAAAUGUAGUGUCUGCGGCAAAGGCUUCAUCCAGUCGAAUAAUCUGGCCACACACAUGAAAACGCACACCGGCGAAAAGCCUUAUACGUGCACGAUCUGUGGCAAAAAGUUUAGCCAAUCGAACAAUCUGAAGACCCACAUCCGGACGCAUACGGGUGAGCGGCCGUACGCUUGUACGAUCUGUGGGAAGCGGUUCAACCAGAAGAAUAAUCUGACGACGCACAUGCGUACGCAUCAGCUGGUGUGUAUGGUGUGUGGGGUACAGUUUGCGCAUCCGACCGAUCUGGCGAACCACAUGAAGUUCCACAACGACGAGAAACCGUACAUUUGUUCAGUCUGCAACAAGGUGUACCUCAAUCUGGACGAGCUGACCGAACACAUGAAGAAGACGCACAACCAGGUCAAACCAUACCGGUGCCACAUCUGCGACAAGACUUUCACGCAGUCCAACAAUCUGAAGACGCACAUCAAAACGCACAUCUUCCAGGAUCCGUACAAGUGUCAGAUGUGUUCGCGUUCGUUCCAACGGGAGGACGAGUACGGUCAGCACAUGCUCGUCCAUACGGCGGACAAACCAUACGAGUGUACGUACUGUGGUAAGCGCUUCAUCCAGUCGAACAAUUUGAAAACCCACGUACGGACGCAUACGGGUGAGAAACCGUACAGCUGCUCGAUCUGUCUGCGGAACUUUAACCAGAAAAACAACUUGAACACGCACAUGCGCAUCCACACGGGAGAGAAACCCUUCGAAUGUACGAUCUGCGACAAGCGGUUCAAUCAGUCGAACAAUCUGAACAAACACAUCAAGACGCACGGUCAGGAGAAGGACCAGCAACAGCAGCAGACGCUGCAACAACACCAACAGCAACAGCACCAACACCAUCAGCAACACCAGCAGCAGCAGCAACAGCUUCCAAGUUGACGAUCGGGCGGCGUAGCGCAGCAUUUGACGAUAUUCGAUUGUGGGACCACCGCCGCUGCCACGAUGUCGCCGCUAGGUUCCGUUCCAAUCGUUGCAACCGUUCUACUCGCCGAUGGUUCUUCUCUGCGGAGCUCAGUGCACUAGUGUGCGAAGCGGCCACCAAUCAGUGUGCCAUAGGACCGGACCAGUGGAAUCCGCUCGUACAGGACGUACAGCUUGCAGUAGCAGCAGCAAGAUCUCUUUCAUCGGUGCUCCACCUCAUGUAUAUAGCCUACAGGUCCCUGCGGGGGCCGAGAGAAGCGAGAAGAUACCUAGGAACCACACCAGGUGGAAUGUAUAAUAAACCGUUUUAGUUCACGGCGGGCAACCGGACGCAACCAUUUGCGCCACAUGCCUCCCCAAAAUCCGGUGCUAAUGUCUCUUUUCUUUCCAGUAAACAAAAAUUCGCAUGUGAAGUAACCAUAUGCGCCACAUGCCUCCCCAAAAUCCGGUGCUAAUGUCUCUUUU